GCACGGCGGGCGGGGCCGUUUUGGCGCUCAGUUUGACUCGUAACGGGCUCCCUGGCUGGCUUCUAUCUUGGAGCGCUCUGUCCGCUCUGAUAACCGAGAAAGCUGGCUGCCCCUCCACCACAACUGUCCCCCACAUUUCCCUAGAAAUUAUGUAUCCGUUGAGGAUUUCCAGAAUUGUAGUGUAGUAGGAUUUAUUUUCUGUGGUUUCUGAACCAAUGAAAAGAAAAUGGGAAGAGAAACUGAAGAAGAUUGAAGAACGAGCAUCCCAGUAUGAAAGGAGACCACUGGGUUCAGUCUAUAGGCCACGGCUGUCUAAGCCAGAGGACCCAUCCUCUGUAUGGAGGCUGUUUCAUCGUCAAGCUCAAGCUUUUAACUUUGUCAGAACCUGCAAAGAAGAUGUACAUGUAUUUGCUUUGGAACACAAAGUAGGAGAUGGACAACGUAUAUACCUUGUAACAACUUAUUCUCAACUCUGGUUUUACUAUAAGUCCCGGAAAAAUCUCAUGCACUGCUAUGAAGUUAUUCCUGAAAAUGCUGUUUGCAAGCUUUAUUUUGAUUUGGAGUUUAGUAAACCUGCCAAUCCAGGAGCAAAUGGAAAAGAAAUGGUUGCACUACUAAUUGAGCAUGUUUGUACAGCCCUUCAAGAGUUAUUCGAUAUUAAUUGUUCAGCAGCAGAUGUUCUCAACUUGGAUUCUAGCACUGAUGAAAAAUUUAGCCGACAUUUAAUAUUUCAGCUCCAUAAUGUUGCAUUUAAAAAUAAUAUCCAUGUUGGUAAUUUUGUUAGAAAAAUUUUGCAAUCUGUGAUUGCAUUAGAGGACAGUAAAAUUAAUGACAAGAUACCAGAAGUACCAGGAAACAUAUUUCCCUCUUCUUCAAAAACAAUAGUGAAACCAGAACCCUUUAUUACAAACGUAUCUGAAGAUAAAAUUACUGCAAAAAGCCAGCCCUUUAAUUCAUGUCAGGUAGAAGACUUGGCAACAUCUGAGCAAAAUGGACCGGAUCUUUCCUUUUUAAUUGUGAAGAAUAAGGGAGGAGAUGACCACCUUUUUGUAGAUGUGGGAGUUUAUACAAGAAACAGAAACUUCCGGCUGUACAAAUCAUCAAAAUUGGGCAAAUGUGUGCCUUUGGAAGUAGCUGAAGAUAACAAAUUUUUUCCUAAACAAUCAAAGACUGUUUCUGAAGAAAACCAGUAUUUCCUUUCCUCUUUGGUCACCAACAUCAGAUUUUCAGACACUUUACGAAUUCUUACCUGUGAUGUACCUCUAAGUAAACAAAAAAGGACUGAAUGUUUUAACAGUGGCUGUACCAAAGUGGGUGUCAUUGAAGGCUUCCAGUGCUCACCAUACCCUGAAAUUGACAACUUUGUUCUUUCUUUGGUGAAUAAAAAUGGAGUUAAGGGAGGAAUUCGAUGUUGGAACUACUUUUUCCCAGAAGAAUUACUUGUUUAUGAUAUUUCUAAGUAUCGCUGGUGUGGAAAUAUUAAAAGAGCCCACAAGAGUAAUAACAUAAUGAUUCUGGUGGAUCUGAAAAAUGAGGUUUGGUAUCAAAAAUGUCAUGACCCUGUCUGCAGAGCUGAAAACUUCAAAUCAGAUUGUUUCCCAUUACCAACUGAAGUGUGCCUCUUUUAUCUGUUCAAAGAGGAUGAUGAAGACCACAUUUUGAAUGGCACCAAAACUAGGAACAUUGGAACAAACCCCAAAUCCUCAAAUUCUCAAGAAUUAUCUUGCAGUAUGUUGACAGAAGUGCCUUCAGAUGCAGACUGGGACAAUGGGAUUGAUGACACCUGUUUUUUGGAAGCCGUUGAAGAUGCUGAGUUAGCUGAAGCUGCAGAGAAGAGUCUGGCCUGGGACGGCCCCAUAGAGGAUGAGAUUCCUGAUGCACUUCUCAUAGAAGUGUUAGAAGAACAGAAAACAAAUAGGAGUGUGAUUUGAUGUCAAAUAGUGGCUAAAGGUAAAAUGGUGGCCUUCGUCAAACUUAUUGUAAACAAAUGAAUUCACUGUUUGUUGUGAGCUGUAACGGAGGAGAAUCAGGCAGACAUGGGCUCAAAUCCUGACAUCUACGCUCCACACUGGCUGAGUAACUGACCCUGGGCAACCCACGUACGCUCCUUGGUACUAGAACAGGCAGCUUUCUAGGACCAGCAGUUGCAGAGGAGGUGCUGCCCUCACCUGAGAGUCAUCUGCCUUGUUGCAAUCUCAGGUUUAGUCUGGAGCCUUAAAAUUGAUCAUUAUAGUACCUGUUAUUUUUUUCUUACUUUUUGAACAUUUCCUUAAUUAUUACUAGAAAUUCUAUUAAAUGCUGAUUAUUUUAAUGGUCCUAUUGU